AUGGCCGUCUCCGGCAUUCCCUACGACGACGACAACGUGUUCAAGAAGAUCAUCGAGGGGACCGUCCCGAGCUACAAGAUCUUCGAGACCGAGCACGCGCUCGCGUUCCUCGACGCGUUUCCCAUGGUCAAGGGGCACUCCCUCCUCAUCCCCAAGGCUGUUGGGUACGCCAGCAUCAUCGAUAUGCCCGCGGACGUCGCCGCGAACGUGGUGAAGGAGCUCCCGAGACUCGCCAGGGUGGUCAAGGAGGCCACGGGUUGCGACGGGGUGAACAUCGUGCAGAACAACGGGGCGUGCGCGGGGCAGGUCGUGUUCCACGUGCACUUCCACGUGCUCCCGCGAUGGGGACCGGACAACGACGGACUCGUGCGCCUGGGGAAGAGCGGAGACAUGAUCUCCAAGGACGUCGCCUCCGAGCUGCUCCAGGCCAUGCAAGCCAAGCUGUAG